AUGGCCAGCAAGAAAGAGCCACCUUUUUUCAAUGAAGAUAAUAUGGGACCAUUUCACUACAAGCUUCCUUUUUAUGAAACUAUGGAGCUCUUCAUUGAAACGCUGACAGGAACAUGCUUUGAACUGCGAGUUUCCCCCUUUGAAACAGUUAUUUCUGUGAAAGCUAAAAUUCAAAGACUGGAAGGUAUUCCUGUCUCACAGCAGCACUUAAUUUGGAAUAAUACGGAAUUGAAGGAUGACUAUUGUUUGAAUGAUUAUAACAUUUCAGAAGGCUGCACUCUGAAGUUAGUUCUGGCGAUGCGAGGUGGCCCUAUUAACACUAGAAGAGUUCCCGUGGAAGACCCUGUAAGGGAAAUGGCUGAGUACAUGGAUCCCACAAGAGAUGAGAUCUGGGAGAAAGGGCCAUCCAACAAACAAGUUACCUUCUUAGUAUAUCGAGAAGGAGAUCAGUUGAAUUUCUUUCGUGUGGUAGACAGGGGAGAUGGCACUUUAACACCAUUAUCAGAAUCUUUGAGUGGUGGUUCAGUUUAUAAUUUAUAUGCUGAUGAUGAAGACGAGACAGAGGCAUCACCUUCUGGUCAACAGAUUAUUGAGAACUCGAUUACUAUGAACAAAAUGAAACUGCUCAAGGCAAAGAUGGAGAACAUGAAUCUGAGUAAAAAGCCUAAGAAAACCGUCAAGGUGAAACCUCGUCCUCCAAUGGCUCCUCGACCAUCUAGUGGCUCAGUGGCUGCUGCUCGUCACCGUUUUUUAAGAGUUCUCCCACAUAUCGGACAGUCCUGCCUACCUCCUCCUGGGAAUUCAUAUCACUCGGAGUCUUCCCAAAACGCACUUUCAGCAUUGACUACUUUGGCCACUGCUGGCAGAACAAUGCCAUCCACAACUAAUGACUUUCUUAAGGAAGAUGACACUUGGCAGAGCAACUCUUGGUCUCAGUCAGUUAGUAGCAUCAGGUUACCACCGAAAAUAUCUCGUGUUGAACUAGAAAACACAAAACUACCUACAAAUAAUAUUCUGACUCCUGUUUCAUCUCUGCCUUCAAAUUCUGAAAAAGUACCUGAAAACGUGACAUCACCAAGUGAGGAGGAUGCUGUUUUGUUUCCAAGUCUAACAAAUGUAGAACUGUUUGGAGCAGAAGAAAAACUUCUACCUGAUGCAGAUGCUUUUGCUUUGUUAACAGAAACAAGCACCGCUGAGCAGAGCAAUGAGAUAUAUGACAUAGGAAAGGUGAACCCAGAACCUGAACUGUCUGAUGGAGAUGAGGAAUCUAAGGUUUUAGAGCAGCAUAGAAAACCCCUUAGCAAAGUGCUGAGCACUGCAGGAAUGGGGGCUGGUCUUCUCAGUACUCGUGAAUUAAGUCCUCAGAAAAAUCUGCUCUUGUCACCUCUUCGGUAUUCAGCGCAAGUGGCACGUCACAGCUCUCUCAAACCACAAGCACAACCCAAAUGCUUUGAGGCUGGUAACUUGAGAUCUACAGCCUCCCCAAGCAUACUUCGCUCGUUAGAGGUCCGUAGUAUAGCAGACUCCUCUUUUUCUAGGACUACUAGGCUUCGUAGUGUGAAAGUAGAGUCGCUUGGCAAAAGACCUGAUGUAAUUUCUAAAGCAGAAGCUGGAGACAUCACAGAUGUGGCUAGCAAGGCAUCCAAAGAACCUGUGAGUUCUGUAAGUAACCUAGGAUUUCUGGCUUCGCUGGCCCGAAGCACAGACAGGGAAGGUUUACAGAGUUCCUGUGCGACAGGCAGGUUUCGGACUUCUGGUAUUGUACUACCUACAAACCUGCAGUAUUUCCAGGAAGAAAGCUUUAGGAAAACUGCUCCUCCAAAUGAAGCUGCUGAAUAUAUUCUAUCUGCACAUGUGCUUGGAAUGAAUGUAAGUAUUGCAGCCGUAGGGAAAAGAGUAGGUGAAGCAACCCAUCUUCCACCUCUGAAUGGCUCAAUUCAAGCAAAAAAGAAAAUUACAAAGCAUUGCUUUCUUUGUGGCAAGAAAACUGGAUUGGCAACUAGCUAUGAGUGCAGGUAG